CCAAUUCUUAGCAUUAAAGGCAGUCGCGCCAUUGGGCCCGGCAAUGAGUGCCAGGUUUGACACUCCUUUUCUCGGCAUAAACAAUGCCAAGCCCCGCCUUCUAGUGAUCGGUGGGCAGUUUUCGGGCACUUUUUGCUGUCGGGAGCUGAGGCGGGACUUCGAUAUCACCUUGGUCGAUGCCAAGGAGUAUAUGGAGUUCACGCCCGGCAUCCUGAGAGCCUUUGUGCACCCCUCGCACUUCGAUUCAUUGAGCUUCUGUCUGCAGCCUGUGAUGGCCAAGAUGGCCGUGACGUUUCUGGCAGGAGAAGUGAAGCAACUAAGCUUCGCAGACAGCCAAGUCAGUGCGGAGAUCAAAGCAUUGGUUAGAAAUGAGAGCGCACAUGUGGAAUCGGGUGGCAUUCUGACAUUGAGCUUCGACUACUGUGUGAUUUGCUCUGGUUGCAACUUCGGCCCCUUUGAGAAGUGGGGAGAGUCAUUGUGGUUUCCCACCAUCCACGAGGCAGCUCGCCAGGAGAGCGCCUGGCCAGAGAUAGACGAACGCUAUUUAGAAGGUCGCCGGCGUCACAUCCUCGAGGAACACGAGAAGCUGGCGGUGCUAAAUGAGAGGCAAGCUUCAAUAUUGGUGGUGGGUGCUGGAUUUAUUGGUGUGGAGUGGGUCACUGAGCUUCAGCAUUUCUUCCCAAAGCUGAAGCUGACCAUUGUGGAUGUGCUGCCACGCUGCCUGGGGCCACUCCCGGAAAGGGCAGCCAAAUAUUGUGAGAGAUACAUGACAAAGGUCGGUAUCCAGCAGGUCUAUGACAUCAAGUAUGACCCUGCAAGCCAAGCCUUUUGGGAUCAGAUAGGUCUUCCAAUGAAGGCAGAAAGGACCUUCGUUUGCAUUGGUGUGAAGGCUUCAAACUAUUUCAUGCCAGCUGAAACCCUCAGCGUACGCGGGCCAGGCGGCGGUGGUUGGAUUCACUUCAAUCAGAAGUUGCAGGUCACUUUGCGGCCAAGUGGCAACGAACCGCUUGGAGAAACCUGGGCAGAGGGUCGAGUGUUCGCCGUCGGCGAUUGCAACUACGGUUGCAUUGGGAAUCCGCCUGAUUGGAUCAUGCCACCAGUGCCAAAGGUCUCCUUCCCGAGCGAGGAGCAGGCUGCGCAUGCGUGCGCUAGCCUGAGGGUGUUGGCAGGCUCAAAGCCCAAGGAGUUGAAAAACACCUACUGGCCUUGGGGAGCUGGGAUGUUUGUCACCAGCCUGGGUCCACGUGAUGCAUGCUUUGUUCUCGGGGCAAGUCAUCAGAAAGGCUCUGGCUACAUGGUCAACUGGUGGCUCCCAGCGGCCUGGCAAAAGGAGCUGAUUGAAAGGACAAAGAUCAUGGAGUGUCGUGACAGCACCGUGGGUCGCCUCGCAUCUAGAGCAGCAGAACGAGCUUGGACAACAAUAUCAAAUGAGUAUGGCACUUCGUUCACCACCGUCCCUUCCUCCAGUGAGAGCCAUUUUCAUUCAGGGCCUGGCAGGACAGGAGCGCCCCCAAUUUGGAGACAGACUCAUCACAUGGUGUUCGAUGAUGGUUUCACUGUCAGUGACGAUCUGUCGGUUCUUCCAUCGCUUUCCAUGGCUUCCUUGCCUGCGAAUCGCCCAACAGCUUCAGUGUACGUGGCCGAGCCUGUGCGCAGGAGGAGCGCAUUCCCGCUGGCACUGGCUAUCACAAGCUGUUCUGCAUUGGCCUUUGGUCGUGUCUCAGUGGGCUAUAGGGCCAGCCACAUCCGUGUCCGAGGGAAGAAGGCUCCAGUGAGCUUCUGGUAUCCAGCCACCCCAGGCCGUGUCAGCAAGGAGUUGCCCUACCGACACUUCAUCAGUGUGGCGAAAAUAGUGGAAGUUCUUCAAGGCACAGAGCUACCAGGUAUUGGAUGGGAGUUUCGGUUGAGGGCAGGCAAACCAAUUUAUCCUGAAGCCCAGCCCAUCCCCGUGGAACGUCAAGAGACAGAACUACAAGAAAGGCGUCUUGCAGAAGGCUUACCUCGUGAAAGCUGUGCGAUCAUUUUUGCACAUGGAUACUUAGGAAGUCGGUUUGACAUGCUGCAUUUGUGUGAAGAACUUGCACAGUGUGGUUUUGUGGUCGCCGCGCCGGAUUUUGCCGAGAGCCUCUCCGGAAAGGUCCCGCUGCGUGAGGUGACGCGACAAGACAUCAUGGAAGAACUGCUGACGCGCCUUCAGAAGGAAUUUGCCGUAAAGCACUUUGGCAUUGUUGGGCAUUCAGCUGGUGGAGGCACUGCGAGUCUUUUUCCUGGGCCCUUCCAAUGCGGUCGCGUGGCCAUUGCCGGCUUGGCGCCACAAACGGUUCCAACCGACCCGCUGCUGGUGGUGGCAUCUGAGGGCGAUGGCGUGGUGGCUUUGCCACGCAUCACAGCGGCCUUGCCGAAGAACAUCGAACUUCAGGACAUGGAUCAGUUCGAUGCCGCAAGGCCAGCAAUUGCGAUUUUGCUGCGUGAGAAUGGCACCCGCCCACCGUGCCACAUCUCUUUCCUCUCAGAGGAGUCCAACAAGGCGAUGAUUUCAUUGCUGACGCCUUUGUUGCCAGUGGCUCGGGCGCUGAAGGUGCCAGUCUUGGACUUUGAUGUGUAUUUGGAGCUUCAGGAUUCCAGCAGGGUGGCCAAAGUGCUACUGCCGAAAAUUGAGGAUUUCCUGUGCUUCCAUGCCUCCAAAGCGAAAUAAAUCAAGAUGUGAAAGUGAA